AUGGCUCCCUUCGGCAAGAUCUACAGCUACCCUGGCAACUACCGCGUUGCGCGGACCCUCGCCCUCGCCGAGCUCAACGGCCUCGAGGUCGUCCUCGACCCCGACUUCCAGAUGGGCGUGACCAACAAGACGCCCGAGUUCCUCGCCAAGUUCCCGCUGGGCAAGGUCCCGGCCUUCGAAUCCGCUGACGGCAGCUUCCACCUGACCGAGGGCCAGGCCAUCGCGCGCUAUGUCGCCGACAGCGGGCCGAAGGCUGCCCAGCUGCUCGGCGCCGACCCCAAGACCCGCGCGCUGAUCGACCAGUGGGCAUGCUUUGCCGAGCAGGAGUUGGGGAUGCACCUCCUGCUGCCGGUGCGAAUGACGCUGUUCAAGAUAAUUCCCUUUGACGAGGCUCGCUACGACCAGUGCGCGGCCAACUUUGAGCGCGCGCUCAAGAGGCUCGAUGUCGCUCUGCAGGGCGGCAAGAAGUUCCUCGUUGGCGACCAGCUCACUUUCGCUGAUGUCAUGGUACUCGGCCCGCUGUCGCUCGCGACCAAAGUGUUGGUUGAUGCCGAGAUGAGGAAGGCUGCGCCGAAUGUUGAGGGAUAUCUCAAGGGCUUGUUGGAGAUUCCUGAGUUGAAGAAGGCGUUUGGCGAGCUGGUACUGAUUGAGACUCGGGUUAAGGCCUGA